AUGGAACAACCCGAAUGUUCCAUCCCGACCUCAGCUACAACAAUUCAACAGUUACCGAGACCACCAUCGGUUAUGGACGAUGAUGAGGAUAUAGAGUUUGAGGUUUUUAAUGUACCUAAAAAAACAAGUAAUGAAAAUUUAGGGACAUUUAAUGAUAAUAACAAUAUAUCGGAACAAGUAAUAGUGGAUAGGAUACCUAGGAGUAAUAGUAAAAGUUCAUAUUCUUCUUCACAACCUCCUGUGGAUGGUGUUGCUGACGAUGUUGAAAAUGAGGAUCAAAUUGAAAUUGAAACAACAGGAAGCAGUACCGGGAGUCAUGCAAGUACGAUUAAAUAUGAAAAUGAUAAACAUGCACAAGUAAUGGCUCACAGUGAGCAACAAUUCAUGACUGCCUCAGCAACAAUUAUAAAAACAAAUGAAUUCGAUCAUUUAUUCGAACAUUCGGCUCGAGAAACGGAAAAGGAAAGAAAAAAAAAAGACAGAAGAAUUAUUGGACAUUUAGUGAGGAAGAGAGUUGAAAAUUUUUUAAAGAUAUUUGAUGCAUAUGGUGAAGGGAUUGAUGGUCCUCAAAUCCGAAGAAAGACAGUGAUGGGGUCUUUCGUCUCUGUAAUUAUGAGGUUUAUUGUAAUAGUAUUAAUUGCUUGGAAAAUGUAUAAGGUAUUGAGUAUGACUAGGUCUGAAGAUAUUGGCGAUAUAAUAUCUAUAAAUUAUAAUAGAUCUGGAUCAAUGUAUUUUAUGGAUAUUCCAACAUUACAAAUGAAUGUCUCGAGUAAGAUUUUGUUUUUUGAGAGGGCUGAGGACGGUCCUUCGUUACAGAGGAUUGACAUCAUUGAUAUGUAUGGAUUGGAAAAGACAUUUUCAACAUUGAGUCCAAGUGAGAGUUUUACUCUGCGGAAACCCUUAACGAAAUCAAUUUUUGGAAAUGCUAAUAUUGGAUUGAAUUCUUUUUUUCCUAGAAAUAGAGAUGCUGAAACAGGAUUUGACUCGGUGAAUACUUUUUCAACAAAAACGUCUACAGUUUCUUCAAUUCUGGAUCCUGCUGAGGCAUUAUAUAUUCAAUCAAAUCAGGAUAAGGAUUUUAUUGAGCAUACAGUUCAUUUAUAUUUGAGAUUUUUGGAUAAUUUGAGAGGAAUCAAACCUUGUCAACUUCAGAUUGGAAUGAUAAACUCUGGUAUUCUUGCGCUAUUGGAAGAUGUUGAUGAGUAUGGAAAUAUAAUUUUUGAACAUCAAUUACAGUCACACGAGGAUGUUUAUUUUGCAACUGAUUCUUCCACUUGGGCAAUGUCAAAUAUUAUCCCUAAUGAGACAGAGAGAGCUUCUCCUAAAGUACUGAGUGAAGGCAUUUCCAAUAGCCAAUUUUACCUCACAACAAACUUUACAACAUCGAACUUGGUUUCCUUUCUUCAGAAAAAAUCAGUCAAUGGAAAUUUGAGAAAUAUUGCCCAGAUAUUUCUCGAUAGAGGGAUAUCUUUGCCUCUCUUUAACGAAUGGACCUUUAUAAUUAAUUACAUGAACAACUUUGUAUAUACUAGUAACAAGCUUAUUUGUGACGAUUACGAGCAAGAUAUAGAUGAAAGCUCUCAAACCAACCCUAGGUUAAUUCUCAAUAACUCCUUCAUUCGAAAAAAAUUAUUUCCAACAGAUGUCAGAAUUAUUUCCAAUAAUUUGGGAGAGAAUGAUACUACUGUAUUGGGAUUUGUUAAAGGUGAUUUAUCACAACAGCCACCAUUCUACAUGAUUAUUGCAGGAUUUUCAGGACAUUCAGAGGUUGUAACUGUUUCAAGUAUGGAAAUAACUCAAGGUAAUAAUAACACAGAUGAUUAUAGAGCUGUGUUAUUCAAUGUUGAAAGAUCCACAUCAAUUCCAUUUGCAGAUGUUGAUAUUUAUGCACCUGAUGAUUUUCAAGAGCAGGUAGCAAAUUAUCAAACACUAACUAAUUUACCAAAAGCUUUACCAAUCAAUUGGAUACAACAAGGUUUGUGGAAGUGCUCCCCCGAAAAGUAUGGAGAUGGUUUUUGUGAUUGCGACUGUGGCUUUGUCAACGAUACACUCACAGUAAGGGACAUUGAUUGCAAUACUAUACUUCCGAACCUUUUCAACUCUGAAAAUCCAAUCUCUAAAUUAUCCAAAGUAUCAUGUACCUCUAAGGGAUUACUGUGCUCAAAUAGUGGCCAGUGCAUUUCACCUUCUUUCAUCCAAGGUAGUAAACCAUGCCUGUAUAAGGCAUCAACAUUUGGACAAAAGAAGGUAACAGGAUUUUUUGGAACAACAAACGAUUUUUACAAAUCUGGUGGAGGAAAAUACUGCUCUGAAUGUGAAGGUUACAAUAUCAAUAAUGAACAAUCUACAUACAGCAGCCACAACUCGAGAUUUAUGUGCCAAGUUGCCCCAAAAGGAUAUGUUUUUGGCAUUGAUUAUUUGAAGAAAAUAGAGUCUGAUACAAGUAUUUGUUUUCCAAUAAGAACCAAAGUAGGAGAAAUGCCAUUCCCUACCAUUAUUUCCCAAUUUGAAGAACUUGCGAUGGUGUCAAUUAAUCGGGGCAUGAAAACAAAAUUAAUGAACGUUUCUGAAACAAGUUCAAUUAACAGUGCCAAAUAUUUAAGCUCAAAGAAUGAAUUGUUUGGUUCUUCAGCUUUUAAUAUCCAAACCAUUUGCAUAGGAAAAGACCAUGAGAAGUUAGCAUCUUUCGGAAGAGUUGUCUCCUACAACCCCUUCUCUAAAUCCCUAAUAGUUUCAAAGGAAUUUGGAUUGGAAUUUUCUCAACGGAUAAUACCCAGCUCUGUUCAAUUUUAUGUUGGAAAAACAUUUUCAGAAGAUGUGGUACUUGACAAGAUAAAUCAACAACCUCUCAUGGUUCAAAUUGAAAGUCUGGUAGAUAUGGGAAAUUACCAACAUUUGACAUUGCAGAAGGCUGUUGACAUCUCUAUGAAUUUGUACACCAUUACUUUUAUUAAUGGAACUAGAAUAACUAUUGAAACCAUAAUGCCCUCAAAACAAUCACCAACAGGUGGGCAAAAGUUUGUGGUGAGAAAAUCUAUCCACGACUUCUCCCUAAUUCAAGAGUCUACCUUUUCAAUUUUAACUAUUACUAGUAACACCUCACUAGAAAUUAUAACCCAAACUGAAUUGAAAUCCUACUUUUCGAUAGGUUCCAUUAUUGAGUUUUUCACCGAGGACAUCUAUGUUGGUUCCAGCUCUAUUGAUAUUGAAUAUUUUCAGGAAAAUUACAAGUUUAACAUGUAUGAUCCUGGUGAUAGAUGGAAGUCUGUGAGCUACCAACCUUUGACUUCUUUGCAAAUUGAGUAUGCUUUAUUUGUGGUUCCUAUAAGGAAAACAUUCAAAACAUCUACUACUAGUGCUACCCCACUCGAUUUAUGUCCAAGAGAGCACUCUUUUCUUCUCAAUUCAUCAUUUCCUGAUUUUAAAAUAGAUCCUCAGAGACAACAUUAUUUCACAUGCUCAUUAGAGGCCACCAAGGAUUGUACUGAAUAUCCUGAACAAGAUUUUUGCCCAUCAAUAUCAUUUCUAGAUGCAGAGCCUACAUACAAGUUUGAAUUUGAUCAUCUCUUUCAAUUGAAUAACAAGUGGAAAACUAUGGGUAAUUCACUAGAAAAAGACAUUGCACUAGGUGGUGCAACAGAAGUUGAGUAUAAAUACUCAUUCUCUCAGGAGUAUCAUUUUCAACAUGAUUCCAGUUCCAAUGAUGUUGAUGCUGAAUUUACCAAAGGGUUCAAUGUGAAUUCAAAUUCUACAUCCAAUAUAUUCAAUGGAAGAUUGAACUUUUUAGGUAGGUCUCUUGAUGAUGCUGGAAUACCUGCCCAUUCUCCAAUACUUGAUUUUGAAGUGAAGAUUGACCUGUCUCCGUUUUGUGGAGAAGAUAUUGUCAAGUAUGGAGAUGGCAUUUUACAAGAUAUAUUUUCUGGAAUUUUGAAAGAAACAGGAUCUUGGAGAUAUACCUUUCGAGAGAAUGCUAAAAAUGCAGAAGGAGCUCAACAAUAUGCUCGAAAGGUCUUCACCUCUCCUCUCACCAUCAAGUGGGAUCUUUCUACAUUGGGAGAGUACAAUACGAAUGACAAACUAAUUUUGAGUCCAGGAUACGAAUUCGAUUUUAGAGCUACUCUGAGAGCUACAAGCGUAUAUUCCUCAGGAUUUACUGGAAAUGCUGACAUUAAGGAGGUGAAAUUAUCAAUUGAUAGUACUAGUGUUUCCAAGACAGCUUUAGAUUUUUCCAACAGAAAUAAGCUUGUCUUGAAUUAUAUUAUUCAAAUCGAUCUUACCCAGAGUAAUCAAGUCUUUCUCAUUGCUGAAUCAUCAGUCUUGCUGGAUUUAAUGACUGAUGUAGGUGGAGCUAUGGGAGUGCUUUCACUUGGUGCAUUAUUCUUAAAAUUCUGGCAAAUGCUAGUUGGUCAGCCAUCUGUCUUUUUGAGAGAUGUUAUUUUGGCAGAUGAACGUAAGGAAGAACGAAGAAAAGCCUCUCCAACCUUCCUAGAUAGAGUAUCUUCAUUACUAUUUGGUAGGAAAAGGAGAAAUAGAAUUGCACACUUACAUCCUCACUCUCAAGCUGCUUAUGAAUUGAAAUAA